AUGUGGUCCCCUACAACAUCAGCGGGGACCCGUCCUACAACCAUGUGGAUUCCUACAACACCAGUGGGGGCGGCCACAACAACAAGUGGUUCCCCUGCAACGCCAGUGGGGGCUACAACCAUGUGGUCCCCUAAAACACGAGUUGCGAGGCGUCCACAAAUAUGUGGUCCCCUACAACACAAGUGGGGAGGCGGCCUACAACCAUGUGGUCCCCUUACAACACCAAAGGGAGGCGGCCUACGACCAUGUGGUCCCCUACAACACCAGUGGGAGGCUGCCUACAACCAUGUGGUCCCCUACAACGCCAGUGGGGGCGGCCUACAACCAUGUGUCCCCCUAGAACCCAGUGGGGAGGCGGCCUACAACAAUGUGGUCCCCUACAACACCAGUGGGGAGACGGCCCUACCAAGUGGUCCCCUUACAACACCAGUGGGAAGCAGCCUACAAACAUGUUGUCCCCUACAACUCCAGUGGGAGGCGGCCUACAACAUGUGGUCCCCCAACACCAGCGGCGAGGCGGCCUACAACCAUGUGUUCCCCUUACACCAGCGGCGGGCGGCCUACAACCAUGGCCCCUCUCACAGCACCAGUGAGGAGGUAGCCUACAAAAAUGUGGUCCCACCUACAACACCAGUGGGAGGUGGCCUACAACCAUGUGGUCCCCUUACAACACCAGUGGAGGCGGCACAACCAUUUGCCCCAACACCAGCUUAG